AUGGUGAUUGGAGCUAAAAAACUUGUCAUCCUGUCUGCUCUGUUUAUAAAUAAUGAGUGGCGUGAUGCGGCAAGUGGAAAAUGGUUCCCGACCUAUAAUCCUGCAACUGGAGAAGAAAUUUGCGAGAUAGCUGAAGGCGAGUCACAUGACGUAAACCUUGCUGUUGAAGCAGCCAGAAAUGCCUUUAACUUGGGUUCGCCUUGGCGUCGUAUGGAUGCUUCCGAUCGUGGUAAACUGUUGAAUAAACUUGCCGACCUGAUGGAAAGGGAUAAAGUUCUUCUCUCUAGUCUUGAAACACUCGACAACGGGAAACCGUAUGCGGUAGCUUACGUUGCUGAUCUUCCAUUGGCGAUUCAAUGUCUCAGGUAUUAUGCUGGUUGGGCUGAUAAGGUGCACGGUCAGACUAUUCCUGUUAGAGGUGAUUACUUCUGCUACACUCGUCAAGAGGCUAUUGGAGUCUGUGGUCAGAUAAUACCAUGGAAUUUUCCCAUACUGAUGCAAGCAUGGAAAUUGGGACCUGCUCUUGCGAUGGGCAACACAAUUGUAAUGAAACCUGCAGAACAAACUUCACUGUCUGCCCUUCAUGUUGCAUCCCUUAUUAAAGAGGCCGGUUUUCCUGAAGGUGUGGUAAACAUUGUCACCGGGUAUGGUCCUACUGCAGGCCACGCAAUUGCUCAACAUGAAGACGUUGACAAAAUCGCAUUUACUGGUUCAACUGCCAUUGGGAAACUUAUCAUGGGAAGUGCUGCUGACAGUAAUCUAAAAAAAAUCACUCUGGAACUGGGCGGGAAAAGUCCAAAUAUUAUCUUCAUUUUCUUCUUAAACUCUAGCGAUUUGUUGUUUCUUCAGGCGCAUCUAGGAUUGUUUUUUAAUCAUGGACAGACUUGUUGCGCUGGUUCUCGAACUUUUGUAGAAGCUAAAAUUUACGACGAGUUUGUAGAACGUUCCAAAGCUUUGGCACAAAGUAAAGUCGUUGGAGAUCCAUUCGACCUCAAAACUGAACAAGGACCUCAAGUUUGUGAAAAAUACCAAAUGGAUCAAAUAUUAAAUUACAUCAAAGAGGGUGAAAAGGAAGGAGCAAAACUGGUUACUGGUGGAAAACGAGCGUUUGAUAAAGGAUUUUUUGUCGAACCAACUGUGUUUGCGGAUGUCACGGACCAAAUGGUUAUCGCUCAAGAAGAGAUCUUUGGUCCUGUUAUGUCCAUAAUAAAAUUUGAAACUAUGGAAGAUUUAGUCCAGAAAGCAAACAAUACUGUGUACGGAUUGGCUGCUGGAGUCAUGACAAAGGAUAUAGAUAAGGCGCUUUUUAUUGCGAACAACAUUCGUGCUGGAACAGUAUGGGUCAACUGUUAUAAUGUAUUUGAUGCUGCGGCACCGUUCGGAGGUUAUAAGCUCUCAGAGUAUGGACUUCAUGGAUACACAGAAACGAAAACGGUCGUCGUUAAAGUGCCAAUGAAGAAUUCAUAA